AUCUGAUGUUCUUUUCUCACAGGAUGUCUUCCUUAAAAGCAAUCUUCCUGUCCGUGCUUGUUUUGUUCUUGUCCACAUCUUGUGCUCUGCAACUGGAAGCUAAAAAUGAUGAUAAAACUGGUGAGCUAUCCUACAACGAACAAGAAAAACGAGACGACGAAACAAAAACGGAAUCUUCAAACAAUCUGAAGCGGGACUCAGCGUCAGGCAUUAACCGAGGGGAAGACAUGGUGACCUCAGCUGAUUUGGCGGAAAUAAAACAAAGGUCAUUCAUGGGACGGAAAGCGCAGCCGCCUGGUUUAUGGGGACGAAGCUUGAGAAACAAACCUCCUGGUCUGUGGGGAAGACAAGCUACAGUCGAGGAAGAGGAGGAAGAUUCAGAUGAUGAACGCAAGAUAAACAGCCGUAUUCCGGGUCUUUGGGGGAGGGGUUUAAAAAACAGAUCCCCACGUCUUCGGCAACGAUCAAACAAGCCUCCCGGUCUCUGGGGAAGAGGAACUAAUGACCAUGAAGACUUUGAAGACAAAAGCAUGAGAGCGCUGACCGGUCCUCGGGAGCGGGCCUUAAGAAACAACCGUCUGGGUCUGUGGGGGCGCGGAAUUGAAGGUUCGCAUCCGGGACUUUGGGGUAGGAACACUAGAGAUGAUCCAUCAGAAAUCUGGAGUCGGCAACGUAAGCCUGGUCUGUGGGGACGAGCACUGAGGAACAGUCCAAAGGAGCUUUGGAGAAGAAACUUUUUGCCAUCAGAGACUGAUGAGGACAAGGAUAUCGAUUUCAACAACAAGUGAUAAUGGCUAGGAUGGAAGGUUAAAAUCAGAUCAACAUGUUUACAGUCACCAUCGAAUGCCGGACAUUAGUGUUUUUUCUUAUUAUUUUAUUGGAAAGAGUGAUGAAAAUUGUGAACGUAAAAUCUUAAUUAUGUUAAUCACUCCAACCUGCAUGAACAAAAGAGUGUAUUACAUGAUAAAAAUAACAUAGAAAGCAUUAGGUCAGAAAAUAUAUAGUGUACUUCAGACAUAGGUGUAAGGAACCCUGAGUUCUACCUGAAAUGCGCAAAGUAAAGUCACGAGC